CUCUUUCCCUGUUCCGCGGUUUCCGAUUCUGCGCAGUGGAGCCCGCUCCGCCUCAGCUGAGCUUUUUGAGAGUUGUGCGGAAAAAAAAACUGAUGAAGUCCAGAAAACUUGUAGCAAAGUAGCGAUAAGAGCAGCGAUGAGUGUACCAGCCGUCGACAACACCGUGUCAUCGGGCAAUGCUUCGGUCGCGAUCCCUGCUGACAUGAGCGGGCAAAUGUUAGAUCUAGAUGAAGACGAUGACUUGGAAGUUUUCAGUAAGGAUACGACUAUCACAGACGGGAGCUCUUUCAACGCCUCCAUGCAGACCUCACCAGCUUCAAUGAUCAACCAGUACAAGUUUGAGGAAGAAGAGGAAGAUGUUGGCACCAAAGAUAUUUUCGUCACAGUCGAUAACCCUGAGAGUCACGUGACUGCCAUUGAGACAUACAUCACCUACCGGGUCAUGACCAAGACCACACGGAGCGAGUUUGACUCUAGUGAGUUUGAGGUGCGAAGACGAUACCAGGACUUCCUGUGGUUAAAGGGACGCCUGGAAGAAGCUCAUCCUACGCUCAUUGUUCAUCCUCUGCCAGAGAAGUUUGUGAUGAAGGGAAUGGUGGAGAGGUUUAAUGAAGAUUUCAUAGAGACCAGAAGAAGGGCUCUGCACAGGUUUCUUAACAGAAUAGCAGAACAUCCCAUUUUCUCCAGCACUGAAGACUUUAAGAUCUUUCUCACAGCUGCAUCUGAGGAGCUGAUCUCUCAUAAGAAGCAGGGUCCGGGGUUUCUGAGCCGGAUGGGCGAGACGGUGAAGGCCGUUGCUGCUUCUGUUCGAGGUGUCAGGAACCGGCCGGAGGAGUUUAAUGAUAUGCAGGAGUAUGUGGAGGCCUUCAGCCAGAAGAUCAACUCACUCGAUAAAGUCACUCAGAGGAUCAUCAGAGAGCAGAGAGAGUACCUGGAGGAGCUGAAGGAGUGCGGGCCGACGUACACACUGUGGUCAAACUCCGAGCAGGAACUGGCUGAACCCCUGAAGAACAUGGCCGACUGUCUGGACAGAUGCUAUAAGGAGACAGACGAGCAGGUCAAACAGCUGAACGAUCAGCUCAGUCCAGCUCUUCAUGAGUACGUGCUCUGCACAGAGACGCUCAAGGCAGUAAUAAGGAGGCGAGACAACAUCCAGGCGGAUUUCGAAGCCAAAACCGAAGCUCUCGCCACCAAGAAGGCCGACAGAGAAGCGGAUUCUAAGGUGCUGAGUUUAGCAUGGGACAGCUUGGUGGGACGAUCCCCUGAGGAGGUCAAACAGCAGAGACAGCAGAAACUUAAGGCAGAGAUUAAGGAGAUGAAAGAUGACCUGGAAAAGUUGGAGGACCGGCUGGAGUGGGCAAAUAAUGCACUCAAGAGUGACUGGACCCGCUGGAACAAGGUCAUGAGAACUGACCUGCGAUCAGCCUUUGUUGACACAGCGGAGAGGAAUGUCAGCUACUAUGAAAAGUGUUUGGCUAUAUGGGAGUCCUUCCUGCAUUCUCAAAGGACAGACGCUGAAGCAAAUGGAAAGGCUGACUUUUCCUGAUCUCCCAUGGUGCUUUUAGGUGAACGGGACCACACCAAAACCGCUUUUAUUCCAAAACAUACCAAUAAUAUCCUAUUCAGAGACUGAAACACCAAAGAGAGACAGAGAGAGAGUCAUCCUAAAACAAGCGUUCAGCAACUGACCCUGUAAUAGAAGAAUCAUUUCCUGUCAAAUUAUACUGCCAAAUCUUUUAUACUAAGACUAGCGUUUCAUUUUUGUUUCUAAGAGUUUAAAACUAUAAUAAUAAUAAUAAUAAUAAUAAUAAAUGCAAUCCCCGGAAAGUGAAGAUGCAUACAUUAUUGCGUCAUGUGACCUUUCUGUUGACGAUUUUAUCCACAUGACGUUUGAGGUUCAUAUGUCUUGGCCUUUCACUGAUCAAUGCAAAUGCUGUUUACCUCUUUUCAAAGCUGCCUUGAUGCCCAAAAACCAUUGGAUUAGUGGAUAAACAAAAAAUAAAUGCACUCUGAAUGGAUGCUUUUUUGCAUUGGACUGAAUUGAUCUCCGUGCUAUUCCAUUCAGGUUACCAAAGCCACGUCUUUAUGCAAACAUUGAAGAAGAUGCUGACAUUCCGCAACUGUUUACAUUGAUUCUAAAAUGCAGAAAUCAAGAGAGUUUAACUAAAGCCUUUGAAUAUGAAAUGAGUGCAUUUUACAGUGUGAUUUCUGAAUGUGGUGCACUAACAGCAGAAUGUGGAGUAAAUUUCAAAUGAUUUAAAACUAUGCCUUUUACAGACGAUUAGAAAAAUGAUUGUCUUGGAAUUAUCUAUGUAUUCUUUGAAUAUAUAUAUAUAAAAAAAUGCUGUUAUAAAAAAAAAAAAAAGUGUGUUUUAAUUCUAUCUUGCUUGGCAAAGUGAAUAAUGAAUGUUAAACAAGGUUACAAAUCCCAAAAUGAUCACAUGAAGCAUUACAAUAGAGGUCUGCAUUCCCCCGACCAGAUGUCUUGCAGCGCAGAAAUGAAUUUCCGAACACGGUAACGGUCAGUGUAAAUUGAACCGGAGCGGACGGGCUAAUAAUAUAGCAUGCCAACGUUAUUUCGGAACAGCAUAUCAUAUAAUACCUCAAAGUUUUAGCCUUUAGCAGUCAAGACUGGAACCUCAAGUUUAAGGCAGCACUCAUGUCUCAUCACAAAUGGGUAAACAAAACUGACAUUUAGCCAACAUCCUUGCACAACCUACAAUUUUAUGUUAUCUCUGAUUGGGCUGAAGAAUGGCUGAAUAUAUAGCAGGAGCGGUUGGGUGCAGAAUGACGCCCCAUUGACACGGUCAAAGCUUGACUGAAGGCGUGUCAGAAGUGAUUGUCUUAGAAGCGUCAGCCAAUGAAACUCAGUCAGCAAUAGGCCACUGUCUAGCUAGUAUAUUUGCAUACAGUGAUCUGAUUGGCUGAGGCUUCCGUCGGCGCUUGAAAAGUUGAGCUAGUCCCAACUUCUGCAGCAAGCAACGCCUCUGAAGUGGCGCCAACGGAUCCACAAUGCAGUUCCGCAACGCCUGAUGUCACCCAUUCAAAGUGAAUGGGAAGCGUUGACGCUGACGCCCUGUGUGCAUGGGGAGUAAAACCCUGCGGGAGUGGGACUAAAAAGUUAGUCCUGCUCAGACCCCUUCUUUAAAAUGCUGCUUUAAAAACUCUUUGCUUUUCUGGAUCAAGGUGGAGCCAAGCUGGAGCACUCACUCUGAUCUCCCGGACUCUGCAUUGGUUGGGAACAUUUCAAAUUGAAAAAAAAAAAAAAAAAAACACAAGA